AUGACAGAAUUUCAAGUAGAAUAUCAACAUGUAAAAGAUGAUAAUUUAGUGAUGAUGGAAAAAAUAAGUUAUUUAGAAGAAAAAUUAAGUACACAUUCCAAUUCUAAUGAACAAAUUUUGAAAAAUGUUCAAGAAUAUAAAAUUCUUGAAGAUCAUACAAAUUCCAUAUGGCAAAGUAAAAUAAAUAAAUUUGAGCAAGUUUUACAAACGGAAAUCGAAACAAAAAUGAAUUUGAUCAAGACAAGUUUGAAUCGCCAGUUUGCUCAAAAUAAAUAUGUGUUAAAUAGAUUUUUUGACCACUAUACCUUGAUUUUAAAUUUGAUGAAUACAGUUAACGAUUGGAUAGAAAAUUUGAUUGACAUAAAACUCUUCGUAAUUACUAAUUGGAUAAAUAAACGCAAUAAUAUACAAGAAGUACUAAAUGAUCAGCAGCUCCAGUAUACGAAGUAUUUAGAAAUAUUAAAUUCCAAUGCAGUAGACAAGUUUAAAAUGACAAGCAUUCAACUUACUUUCCCAGUCCUCGAAAAUAUUAGUGAACAAAAUGUUGAAUGUAUAAUAAAGACCAUCCUUAUGGUAUGUAGUAUUAUACAUUAUAAUUUUAUGAUGUACCUAAACGAAUUGGGCUGUGAAUUGAACAGAGAAGAAUUUGUUCAAAAUAUUAAACACUUGCUAAAGACAAUACAGUGGAACAUAUCACCCGAAGUAAUUUUAAAUGUCGAGAUUGCCGAGAAACUACCAACUAUUAUUUGUGAGAAAGAUAUGCCACAGAUGGAAAAGGAACAACUUCCAAGUAACGAUUCAGAGAAUUUGGAGCAAAAGGAUUGUAUAAUAAUUGAAAACGAGGAAAAAUUCAUAGAAAGCAAUGAAGUAAUUCAUAAAGAAAAUGUCUAUCAUGAAAUAUCAAUACACAAAGAAGCUUCUAAAACAUUAUCGUUGCCUAUAGAGAAGGAAAUAACAAAUAGUAUUGUUAACGAUGAUACGACGAAAGAUAUUAGUAAUCCUUCAGUAACUGACUAUUUUUAUAAUGGGAAUAAUGAUGACAUUGACAAUGCGUGUAGUUUUAAUAAUCAAUCUGAUUAUACUAGUAACAUAUUAAAAAAUGAAUGCAGAUUAAUGUACAAAGUUGGAUUAAAUAAAUUAGUAAAAAUCAUGCUAUUAAAUUAUUCUGGAACUUUUGAGUAA